UAUAUCGGAGUAUUCGGUGAUAUAUCCAGACCGGUGUUAUCAGCUGGAUUACCGUAUUCCUAUUCUUUCUUUUUGAAACACACUCCAUCUUGUGGAGCGCGGUUCGACCUGCAGAGAUCGAAAUGGGUACAGUUGCCAUGUAUUGUACCGUAUAAUCAAAUCGAAGCCGGUCAAGCUCUUCUGCAUAUAAUUCUUGCCGGUAUCACGCUAAUUCUCAGUAUUGUGGUUGUAUUGGAAAGAAAACGUGAUAAAGAUCGAUUGAAACCUCCUCAAUCUGUCCAAUACGCACAGAUUAAGCGUAAUCAACUGCCGCCUCCAUUGACUAUUAGUGAACUUGGGAGCGGCUACGUGAACUCGUCCAGCGACGACAUGACGACGACAACUGUAACUCUACCUGAGCAACGAGUCGUUCCUCCAUUCUCUUAUGAGCGACAUAAUCGUAAUAAGCGAGCCAGGAUACGACCAAACUCGAUGCCACAACCAUAUAUCGAUCAGUACUCUUGCAUGACAGCUUCGGAGAGAGAAAAUUUUUCUACGAAACUACCGACAAGAAGAUCAACAUCCAGUGUUACAAAUGGGCGUUUCCGAAAGUCAUCCGAUCAACCGAGUCGAGUCAUGAUGCAUGAGGACCUUAAAGUAGACGACGUGCCAAAUGAGCAGGAGUUUGGCAGGCCGCCAGGUACACUGACGUCACUGAUCAGCUUCGAUCCGAAAAGCCGAACAUUGCUACGAGUACGUGAGCACAGAGAAUCAGACGAGGAUGAUGCUGAGGGCUAUAGUCGAAUAGGGAAGGAAUGUCCAGUGGACAGCGGACUGUAUGAGCGUAUUAGCGUCAGACCAAGGGAUCGCCCGACCGUGUUCCCAGCUCUACAAAAACCUGACAAGUCAAGGCUACAGGAUCUUAGUCACAGCCACGUCAGUUCGGUUUAUUCACUUUUCAUUCCAUAUUGA